AGCGCAAAGCCUGCUGGGAGGGAUGCGCUGGCUGCGGGCCAGCCCAAAAUGGCAGCCCUGGAGGAAGAAUUCACGUUGUCUACGGGAGUCUUGGGCGCCGGGCCUGAGGGAUUCCUCGGUGUAGAGCAGAGUGACAAAGCAGACCAGUUCCUAGUGACGGACAGCGGCAGGACUCUCUUAUUUGGAAAAGAAGAAAAAUCUGUUAAACCAAAUUUUACUGCACGUGUGGAUGGGAAAUUCAUCUCCCUGGUGUCAUUAAGUUCCGAUGGGUGUAUAUAUGAAACCUUGAUACCAAUAUAUUCAAGUGACACUGAAAAGAGUCAGAGGUUAGUUAGAGCAUUGAUGCUCAAGGCAAUUGUGUCUGCUGGUGCUCGAAAUGGUACUGCCAUCACCAUCCUGGAUCAAGACCACAUAGCAGUCCUGGGACCUCCACUUCCAACUUCUAAGGAAUGUCUCUCCAUAUGGAACAUAAAAUUUCAAACAUUACAGACAUCAAAAGAGCUGCCGCAAGGAACCAGUGGGCAACUCUGGUAUCAUGGGGAAAUACUAUUUAUGCUACAUGGAAAAUGUCUAACUGUGAUUCCAUACAAGUGUGAAGUGUCAUCUCUGGCAGGCGCUCUGGGAAAGCUCAAGCCUACUCAAGAGUCAGGCACUCAUCCCAUGCCCCAUUUUGUAAACUGGGAAACGUGUUCAGGAUAUGAACUUGGGUCCUACAGUGCAGAGCAGUCAAAAACUCCACGGAGAAAAAAAAUUGAAACAAAUUUACAGCCGGAAGUUCCAGGAUCCAAACAACUUUUAUCAAUAAUUAAGAAAUUUAAAGAAAGAAAACUGGAAAUUGGGCUGGUAAGAUGGCUCAUUGGUAAAGGCACUUAUUUCACAGGCCUGGUUACCAAGUUUGAUCCUUGGGACCCAUUCAAAGUGGUUCCUGAGGAGGUGGCUCACUGGGUAGAGUGUGAGGACUGGAGUUUGGCCCCCAAAACCCACAUCAAACAUGUUUUAAUUUUUUUAUUAAUGAUUUUUUUUUUAAAUCAUAGUAAUUGUCUUAUUUUUGGUCUCAGCUUGUGCCCUGGCUUGAUGGAGAUUGCCCUAGAACACACAGAUGUGCAGAUGUUACAGCUGUGUCUGCAGCAGUUCCCUGACAUUCCUGAAUCGACCACCUGUGCUUGCUUAAAGCUUUUCUUGAGCAUUGGUGAUGACUGUCUUCGGGACAUUAAUAUCAAUAUGGAGUCAGUUUUUGAUUAUAGUGAUACCAUACAUGAUGAGAAAAAGGAAAUGGAAGAGCCAGCUGAGAUUGUUCAAAAUGGCUUCAGUCCCGAAGACAGUAGCUGCAGUAAAGAUGGUCAGCAGUUAAAUAAAAAGCCCGAAGACGCAGCCAAAGAGACCGUCUCUUUCCCCGUGACCUCAUGUCCUGUGGCACCAAAGCGAGCGGCUCUGCUAAAUGCAGUUCUCCAUUCAGCAUAUAGUGAGACCUUCCUCCUGCCGCACCUGAAGGACAUCCCUGCGAAGCACAUCACACUCUUUCUCCAGUACCUGUAUUUCCUCUAUCUGAAGUGCAGUGGCGAUGCUGCCAUGACUCUUCCUGGAGUAAGCCCUCCGACUCUGAGCCAGAUUAUGGAUUGGAUAUGCCUACUUCUCGAUGCUAAUUUUACUGUUGUCUUAAUGAUUCCAGAAGCAAAAAGACUCAUUCUUAAUCUUUACAAAUUUGUGAAAUCUCAGAUUUCUGUCUAUUCUGAGCUCAACAAGAUUGAAGUAAGUUUUCGGGAGCUACAGAAGUUGAAUCAGGACAAGAGCAAUAGAGGACUGUACUCCAUUGAAGUACUGGAACUCUUCUGAAAGCCGGAGUUUUCCUUCGUGGACUUUUUAUGGAGUUCUUGCUCUCUUUCUCUUUUUUAUUUGUUUUUUGUUUUUGUUUCUUUGAGACAGUGUCUCACUAUGUAGCCUUGUCCUGGAACUGAAUAUGUAGACCAGGCUGGCCUCAAACUCACAGAGAUCCGCCUGCCUCUACUUCCCAGAGUGCUGGGAUUAAAGGCGUGGCCAUCACGCCCAGCUUGAUGGAAUUCUUUGUAAGAAUCCACCUGUUCAUCCAGGGAAGAAAGUUUUGUUUGCAUCCAUCACUCGAGUCUGAAGAGAGUACCUGGACCAUCACAUCACUGCUCCUCCGUGUGCUGCGGGGUUCACACAAACUGGCUCUGGGUUCCAGACAUCCCUGGAAGGAGGUUAUGGAAGUUUUUUAAAUAUGGGAUUGAGCUGAUUUUAAGUAAACUUAUUUGUGUAUUGAUAAAAGUCUAAUUUCUUAUACAUUUUGAAAACAGUUUUUCUUUUAAUAAAAGAAACAAACCAUCUCAAGAGUCAA